GUAACAACGACAACAGUACCAGCUACAACCACAACUCCACAAACAACUACUGUACCAGCAACAACCACAACAACUGCACCAGCAACAACCACAACUGCACCAGCAACAACCUCAACUGCACCAGCAACA